CCUUGGCGAGUUUCCUCAGUGCUGUUCGAACCGUGGCGGGGAGAGGGUCGCUGUGUCUCGUCUCCCGCCUCAGAAUGCCUUAACAAGUGCUCAAAGAAUGUCGAUCCUCACUCUGAAAGGAGGAGUUGGAGUAAACACGGAAAAGAUUGUCUAGGUCCCAGGAGGAAGAAUCAGGUGCAAGUAUCGCAACACCUCGGGAUGCAGCAGCGCAACCGUAGUCGCGUGUUGCCCGACGAGGAGGGCUUCCCGGCGCCUCCUGAGGGCUCCUCGCUGCCCUCCAGGGACGGCGAGAGCGGGGAGAUCCUCGGGGACAAGGUGGUGGCCCUCAGGAGGGCGCCCGAGGAGCCCCCCCGGCGCCUCCGCCUCCGGCCGGGCGUGCCCCGGGGGAGGGACCAGCCCGGCCACUACUCUCUGCUCAAGCAGCACCAGCAGUUCAGCGGCUUCAGGAUUCGGGACGCCUUGGCUCAGCAGGGAGGACUGCGGCUGAGGAAGGGCAGCAUGAGCUACAGCAGGGGACCCGUGCCUGUGCUGCAGCCUCAGCAGCAGAUGCGUGUGGAGAUGAGGGGCGGCGCCCCCGUGUGGCAGGCGGCCUUCCCGAGGGAGCCCCGGCAGUGGCAGGAGGAGUGGGGCCGAGUGCGCUUUCGGCCGCCCUUCCGCGUCCCUCGGGAGAGCCUGCCGGAGUCUCGAAUCAGUCUCCCGAUUAGAAAUCCCGAUCAAAUUUGCGUGAACAUCUGGGAGGAGUUUCUGCUGGGAACGAAUGUCCUCAAAAAGAACGGGAAGCACAUCGUGGACGAACAGUCUCUGCUGAAAGACGUUCUCCGCCGCCGCCUGGAACGGAUCCUUCCCAAGGUCAUAGUGGAUAUGUUAACCUACACGAUCUUCUUCGUGCUGUUCUUCCUGUCGUGCCUCAAGUACAACAUGUUCUGGCAGCUGGGGUGCUACAUACUACUCCAGGGCCACCUGUCCAUCCACGAACGGGCGUACGAGAACGGCGUCGACAUCGAAUUCACGGGGAGUGCCUUCCAGGGGCCCGCCUACGCCUGCGUCAGGUCCUGGUGCCAACACUGCAUACACAGAGAAAAUGCCAAAGUGAUUAUCCGGUUAAUGAAGAAAAUGAAACUGGACAUACUGACCUCCAAAAAGCUAUAGAAAUAUGACACAAAGACGAGAUUUCGCUCGUGAAGUAUGAAAAAAUGUGAAAAGUAAAUGGUAAUGUUAAACGUUUUUAAUGCGAAUAUGUUAAUUAUAAUUAUUUCUCGGUACAUACAUCUUGGACAUUCUAGUCAAUAAAUAAUCAUUUUU